AUGGCGAUUGAGUUCGUGUGUAAAAUCAAAUUUGCCGAGGGGGAUGAGAAGCAAAAGGAGAAAGAAGAAGGGGAUAAGGAGAGCCUGAUUGAGGAGCCCGCGCGGCCCCGGUCCCGGGACCUGGCUGCCUUCGCCAGCGCCAGCACACUGCACGGCCUUGGACACAUCUGCCGGUCAGGGCGGCUGGGCGUGCGUCAGACCCUCUGGGCGUUUGCCUUCCUGGCCUCGCUCGCCUUCUUCCUCUACCAGGCGGCCAAGUCGGCGCUGCUCUACCUGGAGCACCCCCAUGUCAUGGCCUUGGACGAGGAGGCCAUCCGCGAGAUGGUCUUCCCCGCCAUCACUAUCUGCAACAUCAACCGCUACCGCCACUCAGCACUCACCGAUGCCGACAUCUUCCACUUGGCCAACAUGACUGGGCUGCCCCCCAAGGACCGGGAUGGCCACAAGGCCACGGACCUGCUCUACCCAGACCCCGACAUGGCUGACAUCGUCAACCGCACCGGCCACCAGCUCGAUGACAUGCUCAAGAGCUGCAACUUCAGCGGCGAGAACUGCUCCUCCCGUGACUUCGCUGUGAGUGAUGUUGACCCCUUGCCAUGGAGCCUAAGGAGUGGCACGGUCACAGCUUCCUGCGGGCAGCAGGGCUCCCUCAGCUCCCCUGCGCGUGUGCCCCGGAUCUGGACGCCCCUCAGAGCACCCGCCGAGCUGUGCCCUGGCCUCUCCUCACCCCGCAACGAGUCCAUCUGCUCUCCCAACGUGUACAUCGAGUGUGCCGACCACACGCUGGACGCGGCGGUGGAGGACAGCCAGGAGCGCUGCAGCUGCCCCACGCCGUGCAACCUGACACGCUACGGCAAGGAGAUCUCCAUGGUGCGCAUCCCCAACAAGGGCUCGGCGCGCUACCUCGCCCGCAAGUACAACAAGAACGAGACCUACAUCCGGGAGAACUUCCUGGUGCUGGACAUUUUCUUCGAGGCGCUGAACUACGAGGCCAUUGAGCAGAAGAAAGCCUACGACCUUGCUGGGCUUCUCGGGGACAUCGGGGGGCAGAUGGGCCUGUUCAUCGGUGCCAGCAUCCUCACUAUCCUGGAGAUCCUGGACUAUGUCUACGAGGUGAUCCGCGACAGGGUGACCCGGCUCUUGCGCCGCUCCAAGCCGCCCCUGAAGAAGCCCUCGGGCAGCAUCGCCACGCUGGGACUGGAGGAGCUCAAGGACCAGCACGCAGGGUCAGCCUUGUCUCAAAGCACACGGAGCGGAGGGGAGAUGCCCCACGACCGGGACCGAGAGCAGCACCGGGCCGCAGACUGGUCGGCAGAAUUGGACCAGCAAGGGGACAGGGAUGGGGAUGCCAGGGUGGGCUUUGGGGGAGGGGACAUUGCCUCCCCCCGCCCUCCACUGUAG